CAGCACUACUGAAAGCCUUAUGUCAUUGACCUACUUCUGUUGUUCACUGCUGCGAUUGUGUGGUUUGUUGUAGGACUUUGAACACAGUCGGCUCGGCUCAUUUCAUUCAGGAAUUGCAGCACAGUUCGGGUGUUUUGCUUUCUUUAUUCUCAUAUGCUCCACCAUUUUUCUCUGUUGUUUUAGACUAAUUGCACUGCAGACGUAGUGGAAAACAAAACCAUGUGGACUGCAGCGCUGUUUGUGUUUCUGCUCCUAAAUGUGGAGGUGAAUGAAGCUGCUAAUACGACAACUUCUAAGCAAGAGACAAAAGAAAACACUGAAGCCACUGACAGCGUUUCUGCAAGUUCUUCUCGGUUCGUGGGAAACUUACUGGUGAUACCCAUGGAUGGGAGUCACUGGGUGGGUAUAAAGGCCAUUGCUCAGGAAAUGGGUCGUCGUGGACACCGGGUCACUGUGGUGAUGCCAGAGGUCACCUCACGGAUGGGUCCGGGGAAGUACUAUGACACUGUGACCUUCCCUGUUCCUUAUGACAAGGCUUUUGUUGAAUCUGUGAUGGCCACACACAAGGAGAUAAUGAAAAAAUCUUCACAGCCUUUCAUGGAGAAGAUAAAGAGCCGAAUCACUCAAAUUCAGAGUAUUGUAGGAAUGCUCCACAGCACUGCAGAGAGCCUGCUGUUCAAUGACAGCCUCAUCGAACAUCUGGCACUGCAGGAUUUUGAUGCCGUGCUGACAGACCCAAUGGUUCCCACAGGAUCAUUAAUAGCACGGAAAUUAGGUCUCCCAACUGUUAAUUUGCUGAGAGGUAUUCCAUGUUCCUUGGAUAUGAAGUCUGCAGGCUGCCCUUCCCCACCGUCAUAUGUGCCUCGUUUCUUCAGUGGAUACACCGACAAAAUGGACUUUAAGCAGAGAGUGAUCAACACAUUGGUUGCUUUUCUGGAGCCGCUGCUGUGUCGUGUGAUCUAUUGGCACUUUGAUCAAAUAGCCUAUCAGUUCCUGGGAGAGAAGGUGGGCGUCGCUGAAGUGCUGUCAGACUCUGAUAUCUGGCUGAUGAGAUUUGACUUCACGCUGGAGUUUCCUCGUCCUCUUAUGCCAAACAUGGUACUGGUUGGUGGCAUCAACUGCAAUGUAAGGAACCCUCUGCCUGAGGAUUUGGAGCCCUGGGUGUCAGGACAGCAUGGGUUUGUGGUGUUUACUUUUGGUUCAAUGGUGUCAGAGCUGCCCCGUGAAACUGCAGCUGUGUUCCUGGAGGCUUUUAGACAGAUUCCACAGAAGGUCAUAUGGAGAUACACUGGGCCUCUUCCUGAUGACAUCCCAGAGAAUGUGAAGAUGAUGAAGUGGGUUCCUCAGAAUGACCUACUAGCGCAUCCUGGGGCUCGGGCCUUCAUCACUCAUGCUGGAUCCCAUGGUAUCUUUGAGGGCCUGUGCCAUGCAGUUCCCAUGUUGAUGCUUCCACUUAACGGGGAUCAACCCGACAACGCACGGAGAUUCGCCAGCAGAGGAACUGGAGUCGUGUUGGAUAUUUUUUCCAUCACCACAGAAAUCCUCCUUCAGGGCCUGAACGAAGUCAUCAACAACACCAGGUACAGAGAGAAUCUCCAGAGACUGUCAGCUCUUCAUACCGAUCGUCCAAUUGACCCACUUGAACUUUCAGUUUACUGGACGGAAUUUGUGAUGCGACACAAAGGGGCAAAACAUCUUAAAGCUGCUGUCCAUGACCUCAACUUGAUCCAGUACUUCUGUUUGGAUGUAAUAGCGCUGCUGGUUACUGUAGUACUUGUUUUUCUAAUAUUGACAGUAAAAUGUUUUAAGAUGUGCUUUAGGAAACUGGGCAAAAAGAGAAAACAAGACUAAAUAGUACUAGAGGGGACGGAGUG